UUGUGUGUGCAUAUGUUUCAAAGACACCGUAAUUUAAAUGGCAAACCACAAAAAACGGGCGCGAGAUAGAUCGAGAGCGCAUGCAGGCUAGCUAGGCGCUAGGCGGCAGGCUUAGCUUAUAGCUGCAGCACUGCACUCGGCUAUUUGCAUGCACUAUGCACGUUCAGCUCAGUUCCGAAACAAAACGAAACAAAACCUGAUGAUCGCAUUGUCUAUUACCCAAAUAAGCACAGACCGAUUUGCAUAAUUAGCCUGUUUACUUCAUACUGAAUAUAUAGAUUUCUACAGAUAAAUGUAUCACUGAAUGCAGCAAUUUUCCCGUGCUGGGUCCGGCUAGGCGUCAACAAAAACCCAUUCGAUCGCUCUAACUGUUAGAUCUGAUUGGAUCUGGAGUCGGUGUACAACUUUACAAGUUACAACAAGACUGCGGGAAGGACAACGCAAUGCAACGGCCACCUCACCCUUCACAAAUGCAGCCGGGUUUCAUGCCUGGAGGUGGCAAUGCUCCUAUGCUACAGCAGUCACAGGGGUUUGCCAUGCACGGUAUGGGCAUGCCUGCUCCCAACCAGGUCCCUCCGAAUCAACCAAUGCUGAACCACCACCAGCCCAUGCCCAACCAACCAAUGGGAGGGGGGCAACAACAUAGGGAGUAUGGAGCACCUCCGCUGCAGUACGGUCAGCAGCAUCAGCAGCAGCAGCACAUGCAGGUUCCGAAUCAGCAGCAACCGCAACAAAUGCAUUAUCCACAGCAGCAGCAGCAGCAGCAGCACCAGGGUGUUUAUCCACCGUUUCACCAACAGCAGGGUCAGAAUCAGUUUCCACCUCAACAGCAGGCACCGAUGCAGCAACCACACCAGCAGCAGUUUCAUCCACAUGCUUCUAGUUCAUCCAAUGCUAAUGUUACACCUGGCUGGAAAGUGGGACUCUAUGCAAGCGAGAAAGACAAGAUGCAGCAUAGUUCAGAGCCACGUCCUCCUGGAGAAGAUGGAAUAAAUGAUUCCCGUACGCCACGUUAUAAGGAUAGAUCUGGUCCUAACGAGAGUGGGAGGCGAAAAGAGUCCAAGGACAGAAGGAGAGACAGGCGAAGGCGAGAUUCUCCGGAUAGUGAUAAUAAAGAAUCUGCCUUAUGGGAUGUUGUAUCAUCCAUCGUUAGUUUCCCUGAUGCUAAUGAUAAACAGGGAGGGGACUCCUGGAAUAUGAAACGAGGAUCAAAUGAACGAGACUCGAGGGAGCAAAACUCAAAAGAUCAAGAUUCAAGAGAACGAGGUUCCAGAGACCAGGAGUCGAGAGAACGAGAAUUGAGAUUACGAGAAUUGAGAGAACGAGAAUUGAGGGAACAUGUUUUGAGAGAGCAUGCAUUGAAGGAACGUAAAUUGAGAGAAAAGAGAGACCAAGAAAUUGUAAAACUUGACUUGAGGAAACUAGGCUCGAGAGAACAACAAUUGAUAGAACUUGACACGAAAAAACAAAGCCUGAGAGAACGAGAAUUAAGAGAGCGAGCCUCAAUAGCCUUAGGCGACAGGCCUCCAAGAGAAGAAACCCAGGGACAUGGAAGAGGCAGAGACAGAGACAGAGAGGAACGUAGACCAGGAGGCUAUCAAGACGAUAAACAAAGAAGUGGUGGCAAUGGUCGAAGAAGGGAUGGUAACGAUCGGAGAAGGGAUGACGAUGGUGAUGAUCGGAGGAGGGAUGAAAGCAAUCAAAAGAGGGAUGAGGUAGACCAAAGGAGAGAUGAGAGCAGAAGUAGAGGACAGAACGAGAGUAUCCACAGUUCAAGAGAGAGUCGUCGUGGCGGCGCCAGAAGUCAGGAGAGGUAUAAAGAUGAUCAGAAGGGUUCCCGUUCUAGCACAGGAGAUCAAAAGAAUUCAGAUGCCGGUAAAUACCCAGACAAAGGAUCUUCACAGCAAGGCCCAUCAAAAGAUCGAGAGGGGGGAAGUGCACAGAAUGCCUCACAGAGAAGUUCCGAUGCCCAACAUGGUAAACAGGCUUUCAAAGGCAGCGAGAGGUGGCAGGACAACCAAGCUCAACUGAGCUGGAACCGAGCAGUUGGGCAAUCUCAAGAAGAUCGGUCACACAACAAGAAGAAGGAGCAGUGGGGAAAAGGUCAAAACCUAGCUACGUCCAGAAAUUCCACCGGUCAGAAGGAUGAUGUCACUGAACAACCCAUGGAUAUUGAAGAUGAUGAAUCUGCAGGUUCCUCUCUUCAGAAUGCCUACAUCCAACAGAAGGCUAUGGAAGAGAUGGCCAAUAAGAAUGCGCAGGAAGCUGUGGCAAGACUUCGUGGCCUCCUGCGGACAGUUGACCAGAAAGCGAGACAAAACAAAGGAGGAAACCAGAAGGGAGAAAACCAGAAGGGAGGAAACCAAAAGGGAGGAAACCAGAAGGGAGGAAACCAAAAGGGAGACAAGAAGAACAUUCCCUUUCAGUGGACCGACAAUUCUAAAACAAAGGGUGAAUUUAGGUGCACUAUCUGCAUGCUUAACUUCACGACCCAAGCGCUUUUCAUAAAACACUGCUUGACCAGUGAUCAUCUUGAGAGGUUGAAGGUUAGUAGGAUGAAAGAUGAAGCUUUGCUGGAAGGGUACAACCGCUCCAAAGAUCCUCCCAAGGAUAAGGCCAUUGUAGAGACAAGGGGAAGAGGAGGCACUGAGAACUUCCCACCAGGAGGGAAAGAUGGCUCAACCAAUAGAGCGUCUGGAGAAGUAGGGGGUGGAGCCUAUCAGGGGUCAGGUAGGAAAGAGAGAGGGUCCAAUCAGCAAAGGGCUUCGACAGGAAGUGUGUCAAGUCCACAGGCGGGUGGACGAACAGGAUCGGUUCAGCCGCCAUCUGAAGCUCCGGAGACGUUGUCCAAUCAAGAGCUGUCAAUGAUUGAGGCCAUGGCCUAUCAUGAGAGAGAACAGGCUGAUAUGAUGACCACUGAGCAAUCCGGCACUGACUUUUGGAUGAAGCAGCAAGAGGCAUCACUGGGAAGCUUGGACAAUGCACAGCUUUCUGCAAUGGCAAUAGCAAACAUUCAGCAACAGGCAGAAACAAACGUAUCGGCUGGCAGUGGUGCUGGAUCCCUAGCCAGUGAAAGCAACACGUUGACAGACGAUGACUUGGUUCAGCACUCUAAUAUUCCAGGGCAGGCAGAAAAUGAGAUGAUCGGCCAGAACUACAUCAUUCCAGUGACAGGCUUCUUCUGCAAGGUCUGUUCAAAGUUCUUUAACACCAAGAGACUGGCCUUUGAAGUGCACUGUAGAAGCAACAAACAUCAUACCAGGUCCAUUACUCGUAAUCGCCAUGAGAAUCUCCAAAUGCAAAAUGAGGCAGCCAAAGCGAACAGAACAGCAAUGAUGGAAAAAAUGAACAGAGGCAUUUUGGGACUCCCAAAUCCAGGACAAGAGAAUGAAAAAAUGCAGCCUGGAUGGGGUGACAACAAACAAAGUUCUUCCAACUCCAUGGCACCAAGUGGAGGCAGUCAGGUGACCCUCGGUGGAACUCAGAUAACGAUCCCUGAACGACCAAGAGAUAAUCACUUGAUGGAGGUCUUGAUGAAAGAAGAGUUGAUAAAGAAGAUCACCACCUGCCAGGAAGAGGCGCAGCAGAUGGGGGUGACACCGGCGCGGCUACUGGAGAUUGAGCAGAUGAAGGACGAGCUUAGGAAGCACCAGGUCCAUGAAGAGCAAGACCGGCAAGACAGAGAGAUCAAGCUUCAGCAGAGGCUGCUGGAAGAGAAACAGAAGAGCGAGAAGAAAGGUAGAGAGAUGCAAAUCUUGGAGAUGAGGAUGAGAGAGGAGCAGCGGAAGAUUGAACAGCUUAAAGCGGAGGAGAUGCAGCUUGAAGCGCUGGCAGUGAGGGAACGUCAGAGGGAAGCACUGAUGCAACAGAAGUUGCAUCAGGAGAGACUACUUCAAGAGCAAUUGCAGAUAGAGCUGCAGCAUGAGGAGCAACUAAGAGUAGAGCUCCUUCUUCAGGAUGAGUUGAGGGCAGGGGAGGCAUUGUUCAGGGAAAGGUUUGCAGAACAGCAGAGGCUCCACGAUGAAGCGCUUUUGGCAAAGCAAAAGCAGGCGCAGAAGGUGAUGGAAGCUCAAGCACAACAGGAGAGAAUACGUAUACAGUUAGCGAAGGAGGAAGAGCUUAACCGUCAUAAGGCAAGGAAGAUAGCCAUUGAAACCAGACUGGCUAAUGAACAGAGAAUCAAAAAAGAGCAAGAAAAAAGAGCUGAAGAAGAAAAGAAAGAAAGAGAGAGGAAACUUGCUCUUCAGAACAAAAUAAAAGAACAAGAAAGAAUUCGAGCUGAAGCAGAGAAGAAAGAUGCAGAGGAGAAGAGACUAGCUCAUGAAAAGAAAAUGAAGGAACAAGCACAGAAGAAAGCGGAACAUGAAAAGAGACUAGCUCAUGAAAAGAAAAUGAAAGAACAAGCACAGAAGAAAGCUGAACAGGAAAAGAGACUUGCUCAAGAAAAGAAAAUGAAGGAGCAAGCGCAGAAGAAAGCUGAACAGGAAAGGAAAAUGAAAGAACAAGCACAGAAGAAAGCUGAAGAGGCAAAGAGACUAGCUCAUGAAAAGAAAAUGAAAGAACAAGCACAGAAGAAAGCUGAACAGGAAAAGAGACUAGCUCUUGAAAAGGAAAUGAAGGAACAAGCGCAGAAGAAAGCUGAACAGGAAAGGAAAAUGAAGGAACAAGCACAGAAGAAAGCUGAACAGGCUAAGAGACUAGCUCAUGAAAAGAAAAUGAAAGAACAAGCACAGAAGAAAGCUGAACAGGAAAAGAGACUCGCUCAAGAAAAGAAAAUGAAGGAACAAGCGCAGAAGAAAGCUGAACAGGAAAAGAGGGACAGAGAGUUAAGGGAACAGGCUAAAGCAGCCAGUCAAAAGAGCCGGGAGAUCAAUUCAUCCAGAAACACAAGGGAAUCCUCCAACAAAGCUAGAGGAGAAUCUAGUCGACACACCCAGAGCAGGGAGUCAAGGAGCAGCAGCAGCAAGGAAUCACGUUUAAGGGAACGUAGCAGGAGCAGAGAGCCAAGGAAAAGCUCUCGGAUGAGCCCUUCUUCAAAGUCCUCCAGCUCGUCCAAGCGUAGCACUCCGACUCCUACCCGAAGCAGCUCAACUGAACAGUCGUCAACUCAACAAAAAUCUUCACUAGAGAGUGAGAUAGGUGAUGAUUUCGAGGGGGACAUAGGAGAAGAAGAUUUCUUUGAUUUGGGUGAGGGGUUUGACGUCAUUGAUGAAAUCAUCUGCUGAUUUUAUUCCAUGUUGCUACCUUGAUAAUGCAAGUAUCAUUACUUUUAUACACAUAUGAUAAACAAAUCAAAAUACAGUAGACUUUAGAUGCUGUUGUAAAUGAUAUCAAACUAGACAAACAAAUUGGUACCUAGAAAAAAAAUUAGUCUUUAUAUAAGAUGCUUAAACAAUGUAAAUUCCUUGCAGUUCAAUUGA